GAGGCUCACAAUGGAAUAUGUCGGGCUUCCAAUUGCCGGUAAUUAUUUUCCUAACGUUUGCGUCCAUUUUCGGUGUCGUUCAAAGGGACUGUGAAGCAAUUCGCCGCUUUUUUAAAAACUUUUGCAACAAAAAGCCCAUAAUGGAUUUCGAAUAUGUUUCUGACGCUUCUCAGUAGCUUUCUCUCGUGAGGCUGAUUGCUUGGUUUCCAGACCUUGUCACCUUGGUGGUGGAUUUGUAACGAUAUAUUUAGCCUCUCUCGUUUGGGAUAUUGCCAUUGGAGCAAGAGAAGACGCAAACAGAAAUUCAAAUUGGAUUGCCAGGUUUCCAGGAAGAUGCGGCUGUGAGCUUGCUCACAGUGCUGAUCCUGUGGGUCUUCACCUGAUCGUGACCAUGGGGAUAUGGCCGGGGGGUGUCCGGGCCUGCAUUGCAGGCCAGGAGAACUGCUCUGCCAACAAUGAGUCCAAAGACUACUGUUACUCAGCCCGUAUCCGCAGCACCGUGCUUCAGGGCCUACCCUUUGGAGGGGUCCCCACAGUCCUUGCGCUGGACUUCAUGUGCUUCCUGGUGCUUCUCUUUGUCUUCUCAGUACUGCGGAAAGUGGCCUGGGAUUAUGGACGCCUGGCAUUGGUGACAGAUGCUGACAGAUCGAAGAAGCGUUUCAACGGAUUGGAGGAGCGGGAAUAUGUUGCCUCAGCUCUGCAUUCUGAAACGCCAGACCGCUAUGAACGUCUCACUUCAGUCUCCAGCUCUGUCGACUUCGAUCAACGGGAUAACGGCUUCUGUUCCUGGUUAACUGCCAUCUUCAGAAUAAAGGACGAGGAGAUCCGGGAGAAGUGUGGUGAGGACGCCGUGCACUACCUUUCCUUCCAGCGCCACAUCAUCGGCCAGCUGGUGGUUGUUGGGGUUCUGUCUGUGGGCAUCGUCCUGCCGGUCAACUUUUCUGGAGACCUUUUGGAAAAUAAUGCAUACAGCUUUGGGCGGACCACUAUAGCAAACCUGAAGUCUGGGACUAACCUCUUGUGGCUCCACACUUCGUUUGCAUUCAUAUACCUGCUUCUGACUGUGUACAGCAUGAGACGACACACGUCCAAGAUGCAUUACAAGGAGGACGACCUGGUGAAACGUACUUUAUUUAUCAAUGGCAUCUCCAAAUAUGCCGAAGAGGUCCACAUAAAACAACACUUUCAGCAAGCCUAUGAGAACUGCACUGUUCUUGAUGCUCGAAUCUGCUACAACGUAGCCAAACUCAUGUCCCUGAAUGCUGAGAGGAAGAAGACAGAGCGCAGUUUAAAGUUCUUCACUGAUCUCAUGGCCAAAGAGCACAUGCCCACCAUGGUCAACCCCAAACCCUGUGGCCACCUCUGCUGCUGUGUCAUCAAAGGCUGUGAACAGGAAGAGGCGGUGAGCUUCUAUACCAAGCGGGAGGCCAAAUUGAAGGAGGAGUACAGAAAGGAGAAAGAGAAGGUCAACACUAAACCUCUUGGCAUGGCGUUCGUCACUUUCCAGAAUGAGGCAAUGACUGCAAUAAUCCUAAAGGACUUCAAUGCCUGCCAAUGCCAUGGCUGUACAUGUCGCCAAGAGCCCAAGUCAUCCCAGUUCAGUGAAAGUCUCCACAUCUACAACUGGAGUGUGAGCUAUGCACCUGAUCCUCAAAACGUGCGCUGGGAGCACUUAUCGUUGGGGGGGGUUUCCUGGUGGAUUCGCUGCUUCAUCAUCAACUGCAUCCUUUUCCUCCUGCUCUUCUUUCUCACCACCCCCGCCAUCAUUAUCUCCACGAUGGACAAGUUUAACGUCACCAAGCCUGUGGAGUAUCUCAAUAACCCCAUCAUCACCCAGUUCUUCCCUACUUUGCUCCUGUGGGCUUUCUCUGCCCUGCUGCCCACCAUUGUCUACUACUCUGCUUUCUUCGAGAAACACUGGACAAGGUCGGGGGAGAACCGGACCACCAUGCACAAGUGCUACACCUUCCUCAUCUUCAUGGUCCUCUUGCUGCCUUCACUGGGUCUUAGCAGUUUGGAUGUCUUCUUCCGCUGGCUGUUUGAUAAGAAAUUCCUUGCUGACGCCACUGUCAGAUUUGAGUGUGUCUUCCUCCCUGACAACGGAGCCUUCUUUGUCAACUAUGUCAUCGCCUCAGCGUUUAUCGGUAACGCCAUGGACCUGCUGCGGAUUCCAGGCUUGCUCAUGUAUAUGAUCCGACUGUCCCUGGCCCGUUCCUCUGCAGAGAGGCGCAACGUAAAGAGGCAUCAAGCGUUUGAAUUCCAGUUUGGAGCGGCCUACGCCUGGAUGAUGUCCGUCUUCACUGUAGUUAUGACAUACAGCAUCACCUGUCCAAUCAUCGUCCCCUUUGGUCUGAUGUACAUGCUGCUGAAGCACCUGGUGGAUAGAUACAACAUGUAUUAUGCUUACCUUCCCUCGAAACUGGACAAGAAAAUCCACUCGGGUGCUGUCAAUCAGGUGGUGGCAGCUCCCAUCCUCUGUCUCUUUUGGCUGCUAUUCUUUUCCACCAUGCGCACAGGCUUUGUAACCCCCACGUCCAUGUUUACUUUGGUGGUCCUAAUCAUCACCAUUGUGGUAUGCCUGUCGCACGUCUGCUUCGGCCACUUCAAGUACCUCAGCGCUCACAACUACAAGGUACGGGUCACUGUGCUCAAGAUUGACACCAAGGAAACAGAUGUUGACGUGGUUGAAAAUGGCCGCCCUCCACUCCGCACCUUCUCCUCUCCUUCUAAUAAGUCUCAGCAACCAACGUACAUUGCCCAGGUUUUACAGGACCCAAUCAUGGAUGAUGCUUGCACAGGCAGUGGGGAGGAAGAUCGGGGGUCCUCACAGGAUGAGGAGAUGAUCAACACUGGGAAUAGUCUCAAUGAAGCUGACUUCCAGUCCGGUGAAGACAGCCUCAUAGCCAACGAGGUCCACCAGUAACACUACCAGCUGAGAAGGGGAAAGAGCGAAAGAUGGUGAGAGAGGGAUUUUGGAGAGGAUGAAUGCCAGACACGAACAACAAACCACCAACUUCACUUUGGAUUCUAAAACAAUUUGCAGUCAUUCCUCCCCCAUGCUCCCCCACCUUUUUUCAGUUGUGCCUCUGCACAUUGGCAUUACCAGAAAAUGCCAGGUACAUCACCACACACACACACACACACACACACACACACACACACACACACACACACACACACACACACACACACACACACACACACACACACACACACACACACACACACACACACACAGUGUAAUUGUGAAUGGUUUUGUUAAGUAUAAUUUGGAGCUUGUCUCUGCGGAUUCUUCAAAGUCCCCUCUGUGUAUGUUGAACACCUAUCAGCGCGAUAUGAAUCUGGGUGUUGACGCCCCUUGUUUUAUUUAUUUAUCUACUGGAGUCCUACACUUUUAUGGAGCUUCUAUGGAGCACAAGUCCAACACUGGUUUUCAUCCAAUCCAAAAAGAUGGAGUCCCAGGAAAGAAACCAUACAAUAACCUAGACUUUGUACAUAUCCGAAAAUAUGCCAACUGUUUUUGUGUCUCUUAUUUGAAAGAGGGGGUCAAAAUUGUGCCUGGUUUGGGAUUCUUUUCAUCCAUGUUUCCUUACUAAAUCCCCAUCAGUGUGGCUCAGGACUGGUGGAGAGGUCAUGAAAAUUAGGCUACAAAGCCUCUAAUGAAAUCCUGCUCCAUGCACAGGUCCCAUUGAACUUUUAUGGGUCUACAGACUCAUACUUAAACUAAACCUGGUUCAUUCUUGUCAAUGUGCAAAGCACCCUGCAUUAGGUCUUCUUUCUCAUAGCUUAUGAACAAAAUGACUUGCUUUCCCCUUUUUUCGUUUGAUAUCUUAUGUUCGUCAUAAGAUAUCCACUCUGCCACUGAACAUCCCAGCCAUGUGGUUGGAGACACCAUCUUAACAUGACGUAUAAAAACAUGAUGCAGUCACUGUCAAGUUUGUGUAUUGUUAUAGAUUUUUUACUUCAUGUGUCUCACGUCACUGAAUGGGCACUGUUGGAGGGUAUCAGGGCCAUCACAUCGGCCCUCUGUUUUGUCAUCGAUAUUCCAAAGGCGGCAGUGGGCAUGGCAUGCCAAACAGACCAGGGUCCGCUCAGAUGGAUUGUGGGGUUUCUGGUGUGACUUGUGUUGUCAUGGCAUUUGUCUUACUGUCCUCCUGCCUGUGAUGCCCUGUCAGUCACCUGGUCUUGCUGCUCCCCUCCAUCCUGUCCAUCUCAGUUUCCAAAGGGUCAGUCAUGGAUGGCUUGGUGACUCUUGCAGCCACUAACGUUGUACAGUUUUUAUUUUGUCUUUUAUUUUUUAUUUUACCUCUACUACCUUAAACAUAUGAACAUAUACACCUGAAAUAGGAAGCACAUUUUCUUGUCGGUGCAUAGUUCAAAUAGGCAACUUCUACUCUAACUGGGUUCUGUUCACCUUGGAGAACUUCAACAUUUACACAAUAGUACAAUAGUUUAGCCUAUGUUGUAGAUCCAGGGAAAAGCUGGGAGACAUGAAGAAACUGGUCUUGCCUCAAGUACUCUCUACCCUUAAAAUCCUCCAGUCAGAAGUACGAUAUAUGCAUCUCUGGAAGUCCCAAUGCAUUAGCUUUAUUCUAUGCUUUCUCUGAAGGAAUAGAAAUGAAGUGUAGAUUAAAAAAAUGUAGUAUUUUGCUCUUCAGGAGUCAUACCUAUGGAAGGUAAUUGUUCAGAUAUACAGCACCAAUGAAUAGCGAUGCUUCCAUUUAUUUUUGUCACAUCAGUUUGGGUGCAGUGUGUGUCUGAUUUGAAGUGCAAUCAGCCAGGUGUCUGUCUGAUGCAAAUUGGCUCUCGGAUUCUUUUCUCAGCCCGCAUAGCAACUUCCCCAUUUGGUGUUCACAGUUAUACCCUGGGAAAUUGUGAUGACAUUUCAAAGACAGUGUGCAAUUUCUUUUCUUAAUGCACUUCAAGCACAAAACGCAUGAAAACGCAAUCAAAUACUUCCAUAAAAGGCACUGGGUAGAAAUAAAUGAAUUCACAACUAUGUAUAUAAUAUCAUAUAUAUCUUAAAUUACCACAAUUUCAUGAAUUUGAAAUAAUCCAGUCCAAAACAGGAAAAAAAGUGGAUAACAAGUACGUUAGGCAGAAUUAAAUGUAACUUUCCUGAAGUAUUAAAGCACUGGGGGUAAGUAUUGUCAAUAUACCGUAGUGAUGGCUCUAUCUCCCGAAUACUUUUAAGUGGAGCAUUCUAAGUAUUUCUUUAUAAACCUAGCCAGUCCUUUCAGAUCUGUGAACACCAUAGGGAUUUGGCCAAAUGGACCAAAAAUGUACCAGGCCCAAGAGUGUGGCUCCACUGACUAGUCCAACAAAUGAGGUGCACUGAUAGUGAAGAUCUGCUAGAGGUCACUGUAUACCUGUGUUUUUGUAUUACUAUUAUUAUCAUGUUUUGGAACGGGACGAAUCGUCUCUGUGCAAAAUGAUUUGUUGUUACAAAAAAAGGAUGUUUUACCAAUUUGCAUCAGGAACAUGCAAUAGCAAGCCUGACAUGCAGCAAAGAAAUAGAACUAGAGCAGUGACUUAAGGAAAUGUUCAAGUCUCAGGUGUACUUGUUUAAAAAAAAAUAAUUGUUUACAUCUGUUUUUUUUACAUUGUGAUAGUUGUUUUCAACUUUAAGCAUUUCGAUCUGUUGAUGAAGCUAAUCUAUGAAAGCUGUGGCUAUUGGUAACAUUCUAUCAGGUAGGAAAAUAAAAACAUGUACCGUGGUUGUCUUGUUAUUAGCAGCACAGUUUCCUCUGUAGACACUGAAAUUACCAUUGUAUUGUGGUUUGUCCCUGUUUGAAAACCAUAGCUACAUGCUGGAGAUAUUGUAGCUUUUCUGUGUCUACUCUGUCCUGUAACAUCUGUUUCCCUUUUUAAGUGAGUGUGCACUAACACUCUGUUCAUGAUUGUAUGCACGCUAACACAAGACUAACAGCUAUCCAGUGGAAGUAAAUUUUCCUGACAAUAUAAUAAAUAUUUUAAGAGGCUUGCUUGCUAAUGGACAGUCUAUUUCUCAAUGGAAAUGAAGUUACUUUACAAUAACACUAUUCUACAGUGACGAAAAAGGCUGAGAUAUUUUGUAAGUUGCAAAAGGAGCUGUUUUCAGUGACACAGCCUAUUCCAGAUGCGAUACCGAUUAUGUAUUAUGUUGAAAGCUGUGACGAUGCCGUUACAUGUAUUGUGAUUUUUUUAUUUAUCAUGAACUGACUUUUUAUUUUAUAACUGUUGCUAAGGAUUUAAGUUGUGGAAGUAAACAUGCCUUGAUAGAAGGAUUCGGGAUCAGGAAUAGUUUGCUAAAAGUUUAUGAUUAGAUUUGUAUAUACACUACCAUUCAAAAGUUUGUGAUCACUUAGAAAUGUCCUUGUUUUUGAAAGAAAAGUCAAUUAAAAUAACAUCAAAUUGAUCAGAAAUACUGUGUAGACAGUGUUGAUGUUGUAAAUGACUAUUGUAGCUGGAAACGCAGAUUUCUUUAUGGAAUAUCUACAUAGGCGUACAGAGGCCUAUUAUCAGCAACCAUCACUCCUGUGUUCCAAUGGCAUGUUAGCUAAUCCAGGUUUAUCAUUUUAAAAGGCUAAUUGAUCAUUACAAAACCCCUUUGCAAUUAUGUUAGCACAGCUGGAAACUGUUUUGCCUAUUAAAGAAGCAAUAAAACUAAUCAAACCCACAAAUGCUGAUGCUCCAGAUACUCAACUAGUCUAAAGAAGGCCCAUUUUAUUGUUUUUUUUAAUCAGGACAACCGUUUUCGGCUGUGCCAACGGGGCGGCAGGUAGCCUAGUGGUUAGAGCAUUGGACUGGUCACCGAAAGGUUUACAAGAUCGAAUCCCCGAGCGGACAAGGUAACAAUCUGUCGUUCUGUCCCUGAAAAAGGCAGUUAACCCACUGUUCCUACACUGUCAUUGAAAAUAAGAAUUUGUUCUUAACUGACUUGCCUAGUUAAAUAAAUAAAAUAACAUAAUUGCAAAAGGGUUUUCUAAUGACCAUUUAGCCUUUUAAAAUGAUGAACUUGGAUUAGCUAACACAAUUUCAUGAAAUAAUCCAGUCCAAAACAGAAAAAAAGUGGAUAACAGAACAAAGGGAGAAAUAGAUGACUAAAAUCACUGGGUAAGAAGAGCCAUCACUACCGUUCAUUGACUAAUACUUUUCCCUAAUACUUUUAAGUGGAGCAUUCUAAGUAUUUCUUCAUAAACCUAGCCAGUUCUUUCAGAUCUGUGAACACCAUAGGGAUGGGUCCAAAUGGAAAAGACUAGGGACCAAACAUUAACCAGGCCCAAGCAUGUGGCCCCACUGACUAGUCCAACAAAUGAGGUGCACUGAUAGUGAAGAUCUGCUAGAGGUCACUGUAUACCUGUUUGUGUAUUACUAGAAUUAUGUUUUGGAACCGGGCGAAUCGUCUCUGUGCAAAAUGAUUUGUUGUAACAAAAAAAGGAUAUUUUACCAAUUUGCAUCAGGAACAUGCAAUAGCAAGCCUGACAUGCAGCAAAGAAAUAGAACUAGAGCAGUGACUUAAGGAAAUGUUCAAGUCUCAGGUGUACUUGUUUUAAAAAAAAAAAAAAUUUUUUUUUUUUGCAUUGUAUUAGUUUGCAACUUUAAGCAUUUUGAUCUGUUAAUGAAGCUAAUCUAUGAAAGCUGUGACUUGGUAACAUUCUAUCAGGUAGGACAAUAAAAACCUGUACCGUCGUUGUCUUGUUAUUAGCAGUACAGUUUCCUCUGGAGACACUCUGAAAUUACCAUUGUAUUGUGGUUUGUCCCUGUUUGAAAACCAUAGCUACAUGCUGGAGAUAUUGUAGCUUUUCUGUGUCUACUCUGUUCUGUAAAUUCUGUUUCCCUUUUAAGUUAGUGUGCACUAACACUGUUCAUGAUUGUAUGCACGCUAACACAAGAUUAACAACUAUCCAGUGGAAGUACAUUUUCCUGUUAUAAUAAAUAUUUUAAGAGGCUUGCUUGCUAAUGGACAGUCUAUUUCUCAAUGGAAAUGAAGUUACUUUACAAUAACACUAUUCUACAGUGACGAAAAAAGGCUUUGAGAUAUUUUUGUAAAUCGCAAAAGGAACCGUAUUAUGUUGAUAGCUGUGACGAUGCCGUUACAUGUAUUGGGAUCUAUUUAUCAUUGUUGCUAAGGAUUUAAUUUAUGAAAAGAAGAAUGUGAUCUGAAAAAUAAACAUGCCUUGAUAGGAUUCUAUCACUAACAGGAGUCAUGGUUGCUGAUAAUGGACCUUGGUACGCCUAAGAUGAUUUUUAAUGGAAUAUCUACAGUUUCCAGCUACAAUAGUCAUUUACAACAUUAACAAUGUCUACACUGUAUUUCUGAUCAAUUUGAUGUUAUUUUAAUUGACUUUUCUUUUAAAAACUACGGCAUUUCUAAGUGACCCCAAACUUUUGAAUGGUAGUGUAUAAAGGUUUUUGUAAAUAGCCAUAAAUUCCCUAUUAAGUUAUGGUAGUGUUAUGAAGUACAUAAUCUACAGUUUCUAUAAAACAUGAGUAAGGGUAGGGCUACAUAUAAACACAGCAAAUGGUCACACGUUUGUUUGCUUUUCAGUAUCUACUAACAUUCAUGCUGGUUCCCUUCACUAAGACAACCAAGGAAUGUUUAUUUUGAGGCUGUAGAUUUGUCAGGUUGUGUGUACUAUUUAUUUUUACUUUUGUCCAAUUUACAUUUACAUUUAAGUCAUUUAGCAGACGCUCUUAUCCAGAGCGACUUAUGGUCUGUAUGGUGAAGCAUUUGUCAUUAUCUGUUCCUUGAUCAAUAAAAUUGGCAUUCAUUCUUCA